AUGACAUCGCGAGAAGAUAGUGUCCUGGCCGCCAGAGACCCGUCUCUUGCUGACGAGAACGACUGGGAAGAGUUCAGUCUGUCCGAGGUCAGAGUCCUGGUCCCGGGCAAAUCCCGCUAUGCGAACCUUCUCGCCGCCUCCCCGGACAAUCCUGUCCAGGUGACCGGGUGCUUGGAUGAGGUGGAGGAGGAGCAGGAAUCUCUCGUACUCGACCAAGACUACCUUACGAAACGAAUUGUUCUCGAAAACGUUACGCAUUACGCUUACGGCCAGCAUGAUGAUGGUGAAGUCGGCAUCUGGGUUGCCGGCCGCGCUGGUUGGUUCUCCAUCUCGCCUGCGAGGGGUUACCGGCCUAUGUUCAAUGAUGUGGUGGAGGCCAUCGAUUUACUAUAUUUCCUAGCGGAUCGACAUCAAAAAAGGCGGAGUAAACGGAGGAAUUGGAAGCCAAGCCUUGAAUACUUGUGUGAGGAGUACGUGAGCCAUACUCAUGGCAUAUGCGAGGAUAACGACGAUUCCGCCGAGGUCUUUUACAAACAUCAUCACUUUUUACUCACCCAGAUGCUGAAGGGUGAGGAGGGUGUCCAAUGGGUUAAUACAGAUAUCUUUGCACAUUUCUGCGAAAAGUUUCCGGAGGAGUAUGAAGAGAUCAAGGCCGAACUAGAAGCACCGAAGGCAGAGCCGGAGUCAGACGAAGACAAAACCAACGACGAACCGGAAGAGGUAACCCAUGAGCCAGAUCCUAGUACCGUCUUUAAAACGCAAACAGAUUCUAUAUACCAGGUAAUUCUUGACCUGAAGGAGGCUGGACACUUGGCGAAACGUCAGUUGAACCUUGAUCUUGUUACCUCCACGCUAGUGGGGCGUUUUGAGAUCGAUAGCACAGAAUACGCGGAAGACCUUAUAGCUUCAAGAGCCGAGGCGAUUAUAGAGCUUAUGGACGAGGCGAAGACGCCAAAUUUCGAUUGGUCUCGCAAGGUCAUAUACCGAGAAUUGAAAGCCGCCGCGAAGAAACAUGGCGUGCAACAGGUAGCGCUCACUCCACUGCGACCUCGUAUGUCUAACGACAGCGAGUCAUCUGGGGAGGAGAGUGAACAUGAAGAAGAACAGCCUCGGCCGCGAAGACGCCGAGUUCGCAAGUCUGUCCUGCGUCCUAAAAGCACGAUAGCUAGCAAGAAAAUUGGCAAGCGAACGAGGAGCGCCGCAGCGGACGAUGAAUAUCUUUCAGAUGACAAUCCAGAUGCAAUGGAUGAAUUCGAAACACCUAGCAAAGUUCGCGGGCAUGAUCUUGUCCGUGAUCCUUUGUCUACGCGGGCGAAACGCAGAACCCGUUCAAUACUCGCCACCUCAGAAUCUACACACUUUCACAAAGCAACAGCACUACAGGAAAUUCUUCGAAGUCGUAAUACGUCGGUCUCUGUUGGUGACCAGGAACUCUCAGAGUCAGAUGGCCCUAACGGCAAAGAAGCAACAUCUGAUACAUGGGUAUGCCAAGUCCGGGGUUGCGACAGAGUUAUUAAUAAGAGCAAUACAAAUCACGGCAAGGAGUUGAUCCGGGAUCAUACACUAGUUCAUGCAGAUGAUGCCAAGGCUAAAAUGGAUCUUGUCCUUUCGGAACAUCAACUUAAUCUAGGGUUUCGUGUCGACAGCCUCCUUGAUCACAUUCGGGAAAUGAGCGGGUUGGAUAUUACAGCUAUGGACGGGUCAACGAAUGGGACUACUGGGAUUGGGGCAUAG